AUGCAAAAUAUCCUAUCAAGCAAGAAGAAGGAAAGAGGGCUAAAGAGAAGGAAAGACACAAAGACGAGGCCCCUUUACGCAGCACAAAAAACUGGGUGGUCAAAGCUAGCAGAUGGGUGUGCAUUAGAUUGUUUUAGAACCCUAGAAGAGAUUCACAAAAUUGGGGUUUCUAUAAAAUGUGGUGAAUUCGAUACUAAGUUCACUAAAUCAUUCAAUCAAAUUGUUUCUAGGUUCUCAAAAGAGAUCUGUCAAAAUAAUUGUUUCACACCCUUUCCCCCAAUGCUUGGAGAUGGUAAACCUAUUGAUUUGUUGACGCUUUAUUUGUGUGUGAGAGAAAAAGGUGGAUACGAGAGUGUUUCCAGAUAUGGGAUUUGGGAUUUGGUAGCAAAAGAAAUCGGGUUCAAUUCGAAUGAUUCUGCAUACUUGAAGGUGGUUUACUUAAAGUAUCUUGAGUCAUUGGAACAAUGGUUUUGUAAAAUUGUUAAAGAUAAAGAUUCAGUGAAGAAUUCAGAUAUGAAUUUUGAUCCUCGGAAAUUCUUUUUGGAUGUUGAGAUGAAAGAUUACAACGAGUUUGUUGAUACAAAUGUGAAGAAAGAAUCAGAAGUUAUAGAUUUGGAGAAUAUUGUUGAAAGAUUUGAUGUUGAAGAAAAUGAGUCAAGUAAAAAGAGGAAAAGAGAAAGAUAUUUGCCAUUGUUGGAUUGGGUGAAACGAGUGGCAAAAGACCCUUGUGACCCUGCAAUUGGGAUUAUACCUGAAAGGAAUAAAUGGAAGGCUUAUGGAGGUGAACAUGUUUGGAAGCAGGUUUUAUCAGCUCGUGAAGCAAGACUUUUGCAACUUGAUCUUGAUUCCAAGGCUAAAGUUAUAUGGCAGAAAAAAAAUCAUAUGCAUCCGGCAAUGUACGAAGACCGAACAGAAAAGUCAACAUCAAGAUUCAGUCAAAGGCUCAUUACAGCUAAAGAAACCCAAUCAAUCCACCCUUCAAGAAAACCCCCAACACAAGAUUCCCCCGAGUCAUCUUCGGGCAGCCCGAGUGACCGUGACCGAGAUGAAGAACAUUCGUUCUACGGUUGCAACUUAAGGCGAAAACGCACCCCAUUGGGCCGGUCAUUUCAAGCCAAACUGCCCGAACUGCCCGAACCCGAUUACUCACCCGACCCUAAAUGGCUAGGCACCCAAAUUUGGCCCUUACAAAAAGGCGAAACAAGAAGUAGUUUACUUGAGCUUGACCGAAUCGGAAAGGGCAGGCAAGAUUCAUGUGGCUGCCAGUUUCAAGGCUCGCUAGAAUGCGUAAAGUUUCAUAUUUCCGAAAAAAGAAACCGAGGCAAACUUGAACUCGGGUCCGCUUUCUAUAAAUGGAAAUUUAAUGAGAUGGGUGAAAAUGUCGCGAUAAGUUGGACACGAGAUGAAGAAAAGAAGUUUGAGGAGAUAAUAAAAUCAACUCCGUCUUCUACGGGCAGGAGUUUUUGGGAUGAAUUAAGGCGCAAUUUUAAGAACAAAAGUAUGCGGGCUAUGGUGAGCUACUAUUUCAACGUGUAUCUUUUGAGGCGUAGGGCCCACCAGAAUCGAUCGGAUCCAAACAAUAUAGAUAGUGAUGAUGAUGAGUUUGAGAAAAUUGAGAAUGAAGCAAACAAGAAUGAUACGGGUUCGAUCUUGUGUUCCCCAAAGAAGGUGCAUUUAAAUGCUAGAUGAUGUUUUCUUAAAUGUGUUUAGUGUAAGUUUGUUGGUUUUUUUUUGGCAUGAAUCUAUGUGUUUUUUGUUAUAGAGAUUUUGACUCAAUUGAAAAGGGAAGAAAGAGGGUUUAAGUGUUUGAACUUUUAUGGUUAUUAAUGUACAUGGAAAGAGGU